GAGCGCGCCUGGCCAUUAGCGACCGGGAGCUGCGCGGACGCGAGGGAGUCGGGGCUCCGGGUGGUCGGCAGCAGCAUAGGCGCCCCGCGCAGGCUGGAGGCCGCCGAGGCUCGCCAUGCCGGGAGGACUGUAGCUCCCCCAUGGAGUCGGCCGACUUCUACGAGGCGGAGCCGCGGCCCCCGAUGAGCAGCCACCUCCAGAGUCCCCCGCACGCGCCCAGCAGCGCCGCCUUCGGCUUUCCCCGGGGCGCGGGCUCCGUGCAGCCCCCCGCCCCACCUGCCGCCCCAGAGCCGCUGGGCGGCAUCUGCGAACACGAGACGUCCAUCGACAUCAGCGCCUACAUCGACCCGGCCGCCUUCAACGACGAGUUCCUGGCCGACCUGUUCCAGCACAGCCGGCAGCAGGAGAAGGCCAAGGCGGCUGCGGCCCCCGCAGGAGCCGGCGGCGGUGACUUUGACUACACGGGCGCCCCCGGGGGGCCCGGCGGCGCCGCGAUGCCGGGAGGGACGCACGGCCCCCCUCCUGGCUACGGCUGCGCCGCGGCCGGCUACCUGGACGGCAGGCUGGAGCCCCUGUACGAGCGCGUCGGGGCGCCGGCGUUGCGGCCGCUGGUGAUCAAGCAGGAGCCGCGCGAGGAGGACGAGGCGAAGCAGCUGGCGCUGGCCGGCCUCUUCCCCUACCAGCCGCCGCCGCCGCCGCCGCCGCCGCACCCGCACCCACCGCCCGCGCACCUGGCCGCCCCUCACCUGCAGUUCCAGAUCGCGCACUGCGGCCAGACCACCAUGCACCUGCAGCCCGGCCACCCCACGCCGCCGCCCACGCCCGUGCCCAGCCCUCACCCAGCACCGGCUCUCGGUGCCGCUGGCUUGCCAGGCCCCGGCGGCGCGCUCAAGGGGCUGGCCGCCGCGCACCCCGACCUCCGCGCGGGCGGCGGCGGCGGCGGCGGCGGCGGCGCGGGCAAAGUCAAGAAGUCGGUGGACAAGAACAGCAACGAGUACCGGGUGCGGCGCGAGCGCAACAACAUCGCGGUGCGCAAGAGCCGGGACAAGGCCAAGCAGCGCAACGUGGAGACACAGCAGAAGGUGCUGGAGCUGACCAGUGACAAUGACCGCCUGCGCAAGCGGGUGGAACAACUGAGCCGCGAACUGGACACGCUGCGGGGCAUCUUCCGCCAGCUGCCCGAGAGCUCCCUGGUCAAGGCCAUGGGCAACUGCGCGUGAGACUUGGGGCGGCGGGACCGCCCUGGGCCGGCCGCUGGCUGGGACCCAGGGAGUGGUUUCGGGUCUCCGGAUCUCAAGACUGCCCCAGCGGCGCAGGCCGGGACUAGGAGAUUCCGGUGCCGCCAGAAAGCCUGGCCUGCCGCGCGCGCCCCUUGCCUUCCUCUGCGCCAGAUUCGGUGCGUCUAAGAUGAGGGGUCAGGCAGUGGUUUCUCCCUGCCGGAGAGGAGAAGUGCCAUGGGGCUCAGCCGGAAGCCCGGCAGCUCCAGUAUUAAGGAAUAACCUUGUGCCUUGGAAACGCAAACUCACCGCUCCGAUUCCUACCGAGUAGGUGGAGCAAAUACGUGCCUUGUCAUUUUAUUUGGAGGGUUCCUGCCUCAUUCCUGAGGCUGCAGGCCUCCAUGGGAGAAGGCAAUGUGCGGCCUAUGGCAGGAGAAAGGUUCAGGGAGCAGGGAUCCCAACAAGCCAGCCCUAGCCGCUCCUCAAUGCCUGUCCUCGGAGGGGAGGAGAUACAGGGACUUGGAACGUUGUUCCACUAGUCCUACAUGAAGGUGGAGGGUCCCUAGUUCCUUGCCUCUAAUCUCCCAGCCUGUGACAGGCUGGGCUUCCCUGGGCAGAACCCACUGAGAUGGGGGGUCACCAGGUGACCAGUGGGAGCCCCCUGCCCCCAGUCAGAUCAGAAAGUUAGGUCAUGGGUGAGCUGUAAGGACAUGUGUUCAUGGGAGUGGUGGCCUGGUGGAAGAGGGAAACCCAGAGAUCUGGUCGGGGGUGGGGGUGGGGUGAAGGGACACUGGGACCAUCAGCCUUGUACUGUAUGUUGCCAGCAUUGCAUACAAACAUGAAGCACAAUCUGUCCAUCCCAGAGGGACCGAAGUUAUGAGAAGCUUUCCAAAUAUUUUGCUUUAUCAGCCGAUAUCAACACUUGUAUCUGGCCUCUCUGUGUCCCAGCGGUGCCUUGAGCAAUGUGAAUGUGCACGUCUAUGCUAAACCACCAUUUUAUUUGGUUUUUGUUUUGUUUUGGUUUUGCUCAGAUACUUGCCAAAAUGAGACUCUUUGUCAGCAGCUGCAGGGAGGGUCUGCGGCUCUCUUUCCUUUUGGUUUUUGGGAUUGCUUUUGCUCCCAAGGGAACCAAAGAGGUGAGGUGGGCUUCCUCUUUCCCCGGGUGGGGGGGGGGGGUGAUGAAGGGGGUGUGGGGCUAUGGGCCUCGCUCCCCUCUGGCCUGGGCUGCCCACAGGCUUGCCCCCACCAGAGGCCCUGGCUCCUGGUCUGGAGGGAGGCGGCCUCCAGCCAGCACGCACAGAUCGGCGGGGCUGGGAGCAGGGAAGGACAGCUUGGUUCUCUUCUUUGGGGAGAACGCAGAGUUUCAUGCUAGAUGUUUUAUGUAUUAUAUCUAUAAUAUAAACAUAUCAAAGUAAA